AUGGAAUCUGGGAGAAGGGGAUGGAAUCUGGGAGAAGGGGAUGGAAUCUGGGAGAAGGGGAUGGAAUCUGAGAGAAGGGGAUGGAAUCUGGGAGAAGGGGAUGGAAUCUGGGAGAAGGGGAUGGAAUCUGGGAGAAGGGGAUGGAAUCUGGGAGAAGGGGAUGGAAUCUGGGAGAAGGGGAUGAAAUCUUGGAGAAGGGGAUGGAAUGAGGGAGAAGGGGAUGGAAUCUGGGAGAAGGGGAUGGAAUCUGGGAGAAGGGGAUGGAAUCAGGGAGAAGGGGAUGGAGUCCGGGAGAAGGGGAUGGAAUCUUGGAGAAGGGGGUGGAAUCAAGGAGAAGGGGAUGGAAUCCGGGAGAAGGGGAUGGAAUCUGGGAGAAGGGGAUGGAAUCCGGGAGAAGGGGAUGGAAUCUGGGAGAAGGGGAUGGAAUCUGGGAGAAGGGGAUGGAAUCCGGGAGAAGGGGAUGGAAUCUGGGAGAAGGGGAUGGAAUCUGGGAGAAGGGGGGGAUGGAAUCUGGGAGAAGGGGAUGGAGUCCGGGAGAAGGGGAUGGAAUCUGGGAGAAGGGGGUGGAAUCAGGGAGACGGGGAUGGAAUCCGAGAAAAGGGGAUGGAAUCUGGGAGAAGGGGAUGGAAUCUAGGAGAAGGGGAUGGAAUGAGGGAGAAGGGGAUGGAAUCUGGGAGAAGGGGAUGGGAUCUGGGUGAAGGGGAUGGAAUCUGGGAGAAGGGGAUGGAAUCUGGGAGAAGGGGAUGGAAUCUGGGAGAAGGGGAUGGAAUCUGGGAGAAGGGGAUGGAAUCUGGGAGAAGGGGAUGGAAUUGGGGAGAAGGGGAUGGAAUCGGGGAGAAGGGGAUGGAAUCUAGGAGAAGGGGAUGGAAUCUGGUAGAAGGGGAUGGAAUCUGGGAGAUGGGGAUGGAAUCUGGCAGAAGGGGAUGGAAUCUGGGAGAAGGGGAUGGAAUCUGGGAGAAGGGGAUGGAAUCUGGGAGAAGGGGAUGGAAUCUGGGAGAAGGGGAUGGAAUCUGGCAGAAGGGGAUGGAAUCUGGGAGAAGGGGAUGGAAUCUGGGAGAAGGGGAUGGAAUCUGGAGAAGGGGAUGGAAUCUAGGAGAAGGGGAUGGAAUCUGGGAGAAGGGGAUGGAAUCUGGGAGAAGGGGAUGGAAUCUGGGAGAAGGGGAUGGAAUCUGGGAGAAGGGGAUGGAAUCUGGGAGAAGGGGAUGGAAUCUGGGAGAAGGGGAUGGAAUCUGGGAGAAUGGGAUGGAAUGA